AUGAAAACCUACGAGCCAGACAUCAAGCGUGUUAUAUUUAACAGGUCACUAUGGAAAAAGGGAAGAAUUCACAAACAGUGCAAUCGGUUGAAAGCUCAACGACAUGCCUAUGAAUCUCGCUUAAUCGAACACGCCAAAGAACAGCCUAACCCGAUAUGCUCUUACACCAAUCGGGCACUGCGAAAAGCUGAUAACUUACCUCCUCUGAGGGAUAAGACAAGUUAUGUCAUGGAAGACAGGUUAGACCCAGUUUCAGUUAUACUCUGGCACCAUAGUCCCUCAGACUACUUCAACGCAGCCAGCUUUGGUGGGCGUGACCUGUGCAAACGGAAGGUCCCAGGGCUUUGUGUUUCAUCUACUGGUACUGUACCACCUUUCGGCCACUUUGAUCCUAGUCACUGUCGUUGUUUUCAAAUGGGCAAUAAGAAAAGGCUUUCCGUCAGAGUGGAAGAUAACUAA